AUGGACGCGCCUGGCGCGACUGAGCCAACAGAGGAUGCCCAUCAGGACAGCCCGGCACAUUCGAACUCGGUGAAACGAACUACCAGUGACCAGAGCUCCGACCCUGACCAGUCGGCGCAUGAGGAUGAGGACAAGGAUGAUGAUGGCAACGACGACUCAGGACGCGAUGAGGACAAUGAAGACGAUGAAGAUGAUGAAGAUGAUCAAGAUGAUGAGGACGAGGAGGAGGAGGAACCACAACUCAAAUACUUGUAUCUCACAAAGCAUUUGGGUGCGGUGUAUCGCAACGGGGACGCGACCAGCUCGUUCUUGACCGCUGGUGAUAAGAUGAUUAUUGGAACGCAUAAUGGCAAUAUUCAUGUGCUUUCCUUACCUCUAUGCCAUCCUCUCCGCGUUUACCACGCGCAUUCGGCAAGCGUAACAUCCAUAUCGGUCUCCCCGUUUCCUCCUCCUCUGCCGAAUAUCAGACCAGAGACCUUGGCCAGAACCUUUACGGAUGAUCAGACUCCACCUACCCGGCCGUCUUUCAGCACGGCUAGUCUUCGCGGCCAAAGCAAACCAGGUCAUCACACAGCCGUUCCUGCUACCCCCUCCAAUGCAAUUCACAUUGCGACUUCAUCCAUUGAUGGGCAUGUAUGUGUCUCGUCCUUAGUGGACUCAAAAGACAUCAUGUUACGGAAUUUCGGUCGACCUGUUCAGGCAGUCGCACUAUCACCCGAAUACAAAAGUGACCGGACGUUUCUGUCAGGCGGACGGGCAGGUGAUUUGAUCCUCACCACUGGAGGGCGGCUGGGCGCCAGUACCAAUUCGACAACUAUGGGAGGAGGCGCUGCCGCAGCAGCCUCGAGCUGGCUUGGCUCGAUUGGUUUGGGAGGUAACGCAGGCAAGGACACCAUAUUACAUAGCGGAGAGGGUGCUAUUAGCAUGAUCAAGUGGUCACGGUCUGGGAAAUAUGUCGUUUGGGUCAACGAGGAAGGAAUCAAAAUCAUGAGGUCGAACUUGCACCUGGAUUCGGCGGAUUCGGAGCUCGCUUGGAAACGAAUCAGCCACAUCGACCGUCCGAACGGCCCUGGAUGGGAAGAAAUGGCAAGUGUAUGGAAGGCUCGAGCUGAAUGGGUCGAUGAAGAUGCUCUGCGUUGGGAGGUUAAUGUAAAGUUUUCCGACGAUGAAUCACAUCUUACCACUCCUACCCCUCCGCAAGUGAUAUCAGCCAAGGAGAACAUGGAGAAGCUGGUAGUCGGAUGGGGAGGGACGGUCUGGAUCAUCAAUGUUUAUCCCGACCGGCCAAGUAAGAGCAACAAAGACCUGCGAAUAGGAUCCGUUGAAGUUUCCACGAUUUUACGAACCGAUUGUGUUAUAUCUGGCAUUUCAUUAUAUACACCUAAUCUCAUAGCUGUUCUAGCAUAUAUUGAGGCCGACGAGGAUGCUUCGGAUCAGCGGACCAAGCACGGAGUGCUUCAUCCUGGACCACGUCGGCGUCCCAAAGGCCUUGAACCGGAACUUCGCAUCAUCGACAUUGAAAGCAAGGAAGAGCUCAGCGCCGACACGCUCACCAUUAGUCGCUAUGAGAAUCUUACUUCGUCCGACUAUCACAUGUGCGUUAUACCACCUUGGAAAACAUCAGUACCUGUUUCCCAGAGAGGCGCUUUGGAGACACUAGGUAAUGGGCUGUGGGAUGCAACUAUGUAUCCAGCAAGGUUGUUCAGCUCCGCUGCAAGUAUCCGAAGCACAACGAGUAGUGGCGACAAAGGCUCUAUCAGAGCAUCGAGCAUUCUCGCUGCGAAGCGCAUUCCGAGUGAAGAACCUCUGUCGAAGGAGGUGCAGGAUUUUGCGGGCAGUGCCGGACCCAAACUCUUCAUCCAUAGCCCAUAUGACUCCGUUGUUGCGGUGAAAAGGGAUCUUUCAGAUCGCCUAGCGUGGCUAGAUGCGCAUGACAAAUAUCAGGAAGCAUGGACGCUUCUCGAGGAGCAUCCGGAAGCCGCAGGGACCACGCAAGAGAUCUUGGAGAAUGCACCCGGUUCUUCAACAAAAUCUCAGAGUAGCCUGGGCGACUUUUUCACUGACGACAGAUCUUCUAUCAUGACAAUUGGUCGAGCUGCUGUUUCACCGGCCGCUGAUCAAGAGAAGCGCCGAAUCGGGGAGCUAUGGAUCCAACAGUUACUUGACCAGGAUAAAUGGGACGAGGCUGCUACGGUUUGCGCGAAAGCUAUCCGAACUGCGCCAAGAUGGGAAUAUUGGGCAAGGACAUUCAUCAAGAAUGAUAAAUUUGACGAGAUUUCUCAUGUCAUUCCAGUUGACUUUCAUCCACCUUUGUCCUCGAACAUAUACGAGGAAAUUCUGGGCCACUAUGUGUCUCGAGACCGGCGCAGGUUCAGUGAACUCUUAGCCACAUGGGCCUUCACCCUGUUUGACGUCACAAGCGUGACAACCGCAAUCGAGGCACAGUUGGAUUCCAAAUUGGUGGCACCUGAGACAGAAGACUGGCGCAUACUGAUGAAUUGCCUUGCCAAGCUCUAUUUGGUGGGAGGUCAUUAUAGCGAAGCGUUACAUUGUUAUAUACGGCUUCAAGAUGCCGACACGGCAAUGACUUUGAUCAAAGAACACCGUCUACUGGAUGCUCUUUCUGAUGAUAUUCCUGCGUUUAUCUUGAUUCGCGUGUCUAAAGAACAGAUGAAAACGGCCCCCAUCUCCGAGCUGGAAGAAAUGACUGCUGAGCCCAUCAAGCUUCUCGUAAGCGAAGCAUACACUGGAAUUGUACGGCCAGAGACCGUGGUCACGCAACUGCAAGAGGCGAAUCGGCUUGUUUUCCUUUACUUCUACCUGCGUGCUCUCUGGCGAGGAGAAUCGCUACCGCACAACGCUGCGAAACCUCGCAGGGGUCAUGGAGCUCGCAUUCGGGAUGCGGCAAGCAAACUGGCGGCCGACGAAGGGAAGGCAUUGGUGGACAAUUUUGCCGAUAUAGCCGUGGAGCUAUUUGCCGACUACGACCGUUCCCUGUUGAUGGAGUUCUUGCAGGUCAGCACCGCGUACUCCUUCGACACAGCGGUGACCGUCUGCGAGAGUCGCCGCUUUACAUCCGAGCUCAUCUACCUGCUAUCGAAGAUGGGACAGACCAAAAAGGCGCUGAACCUGAUACUCUCCGACCUCAAGGAUGUCUCGCAGGCGAUAUCAUUCGCCAAAUCGCAGGACGAUCCCGAUCUCUGGGAAGAUCUCCUCGACUACUCCAUGGACAAACCCCGAUUCAUCCACGGCCUUCUCGUCGAAGCCGGAACAUCCAUCGAUCCGAUCAAACUCGUCAGACGCAUACCCAGCGGACUGGAAAUUGAGGGCCUGAGAGAAGGUCUCACCCGCAUGAUCCGAGAGCACGAUCUCCAGGCGAGUAUCAGCCAGGGGGCCGCCAAGGUCCUCCAGAGCGAGGUCGCCAUCGGUAUGGACACACUACGCAAGGGCCAACAGCGCGGCAUCAAAUUCAACAUUGCCGAACCAAAGCGGCCACAGUCCUCGGUCUCCGUCACGACCGCCAAGGACGAAACGCAAAGCAAUGCCGACACAGAGGUACCAGCAACGUCAUCCAGUCCUUCCGCGGCCCAAGCAGGGAGGUGUGCCGGAUGCCAUCUCCCUUUCCAGCCCAACGGUAAAUCUCUUUCUUCUGUUCCCUCUCCACCCGCGCACUGCGGCCCUUUUUCGCUCAACACUAACCCUCAUCGGUCGCACACAGAAAAGGAAAUUCUCGUCGGCUUCGCAUGCGGACAUGUCUUCCAUCUAUCUCAUGUGCACCCCCCUGCAUCCUCCGCGGACUCAGACGGCAGCCAGUCCGGAGUCCACACCCCCCGUCCAUUCCCAGGAUCCCGUGCACCGACACUCAACGAUAUCUCGUCGUCAGCCUCCCGUACCGUCGGCGCCAAGGUGACCACCGCGCGGCUGCUGAGAGAUCGGAUAGGCAAUGGCUGUCGGAUCUGUGUCCUCGCCAAAGAACUUGAAUCGAUUGGUGAUUCGGAGGCCUAG